GCAUCUGAAUUCCCUCGUUUGUGCUCCCAGGAGGAGAUUGAGACCCAGAAGCAGCAGCAUGAUGCCAGGRUGAUGGCCAUCCGCACAGAGGAGAAACAGAAGAUUGACAAGAUGGCGGACGACUUGGAUCAGAAGUGGAGGGAUGCUCUGCGGGAGGAGGUGCGUUUGUUGAAGGAAGAGCUGAGCGAGGAGUACGAAGCCGACAAACAGGCGGCUCUCAGUCAGCUUUCCCAACAGAAGGAUCUGGAGCURAUGGCGUCACGAGAAGCCUGGCAGAGGAAAGUGGAAGAUCUACUGGAGCAGAUAUCGCUCCUGAAACAGUCCCUGGAGCUCCAGCUAUCACAGUCCCAGUCCGCACUCCAGCAGCUGCAGUCUCAAUUCAACCAGGAGAGGGAGCUGCUGAGCCAACAGCUUAAAGAGAUGCAGAGGGAACAUCAGAGGAGGGAGCAUCGGUUACAGGAGGCCCACUGCUGCGCCCUCAGCACCAUGGAGGAGGCCCGACAGCACCAGAUCAGAGCCCUGGAGGAGCGUCUGAAGCAGGAGCAGAGGGAGGAGGUCCACGCUCUGAAGGAGGCCCACAGGAGAACCCUGGAAAUCCUCAGGCAGCAGUCAGAGCAGGAGCUGCAGACGCUCAGAUUCGAGCUUGAGGACGAGGGGAAAGCGAAGCUGGCGUCUCUCCGAGCAGAACUGAACCACCUCCACGCCACGGCCAUCGAGCACCUGAAGCAGAUCCACCUCAAGGAAAACAGCGCAGCCAAGAGGGAACUGGAGAAGGCGAUGGAGCACAGCCACCAGCAGGAGCAAGAACUCCUGGUUCGCAUCUCCGACCUGCAGGGCGAGCUGUGUUCCCGUAGCAACCGCAUCACCGAUCUGGACCACGAAAUCCACUCUCUUAACGAGACCAUCGACACUCUGACCCGAGAGCUGGAGAUAAAGGGCAAAGAGGUGCUGCGAGUUCGCAGCGAAGCCAACCAUCAGAUCAGAGCGCAUGAACAGGACCUCAUAAAGAGGCACGAGAGGGAUCUGGAUGAGCUGAAAGUGCUUCAUCACAGAGAGGUGCAGAUUAUGCUGGCUGACUUCAACAAGGCCCAGGAGGUUCUCAAAGACAAGAUUUCUGCUCUGCAAAUCCUGUUGGAGGGUACGGAGGAGAAGUUGAGAAACAGAGAAAGCCGACCGGAAGAUCUGCAUGUCAUCGCAGAGCUCAGAGAGAUGGUGACAGAGAGAGAAGCUCUGGUCAAGAAACUCGUGGAUGACAAGAAGUUCUACCAACUGGAGCUGGUGAACAGAGAGACGGGCUUCAACAAGGUCUUCAAUUCCAGUGCCAACGUUGGCGUCAUCAACCCUCUGAUCAAGUCAAAAACAGGCAGCCAAUCAGAUCAGCGCCUCACCAGCUUCCCUAGCCAUUCAGCUCUCCGAUUCGUCAGCCCUCCCACCAUGAGCCACGAAGGCCAGGAGGAGGGGGGGCGGGAGGACGGGGAGGUAGGGCCAGGAGGCCGCUUUGCGCUUCCUCACUCCCUGCAGAGGUCCCUCCCGAGACAUAAGAAAGCCCUGCCACUGUUCAGCCCUCUUCCUCCUCCUUCUUCUUCUCCUCUACCUCAGCAUACUCUCCCUCUUCCUCAUCCCCCACACCAUCCCAUGCCGAGCCUCGCUCCUCCUCAUGCUCCUCAGGAUCCCCUCGCGCAGCAUCAGGGCCUGCAGAGCUGUGGGAGCCUUCCUGAAGCCGGCGUUCCCACAGCAUCCGACUCGAGAGGGAUCGAGGCAGAAAAAGUCAAAGAAUAUGUCCCAAAAGAGGAAGACUUGUACUCGCUGUACUUCUCUUUCUGACUGGCAAAAAAAAAAAUACCCCAGUUCUGUCAAAAAAUUUAAAUAAAGUAAUGGGACAGGGAGCUAAAGUGUGAUGGCAAAUCAAACGGCGCGAUUCCAGUYGCUUGAUGGGUUGAGAUAACAGACAUCCGGUUCUCAUAUGAGCAUUUCACGUUUCCAGUCUGAUUUUUUAUUUUUUUACCUUUGGGCUUCCGUACAUGGGGAGCACGAAGAGGAGCAGUGCCUCAUCAUUAUUAAAAGAUCGUGAAUUUAACAGUAGGGUGUCUGUUGAAACCAGAUUAUUAUUUUCACUUUAUUUAAAAGUACACCUAUUUUUUUAUAUUGUAUCAAAUUAGAGAAAACUUUUAGCUGCUUUAGGUCAAUUAGUAUUUUUUUGAUUUACUAAAUGCCAGAAAUGUUGAGUUUUAAAAUUUUGUUCACACAUUUGACCCCAAAACACAUUGAUCUCUGGGACACAGAAUCUGUCUCCUUCYUGAACAUUGAAAUGUUUAAAACUUAUGAACACAUUUUGGAUUAAAGUCUAGGAAUUCAACCAACCACACCAUACUAUUGAUUUUAUUGAUCUGCUCACGAAAGUUCAGGUGAUGUGUUUUUGGUUUUUUUUUUGUCAACUGUCAUUUUUCAAAAACAAUCURUUGUUGUUUUUCUCAACAAUAGAUUCUUUGAUCAUCCUGGAGCUGAUUAUUGAUUUUGUCUUUGGCACUUGAUCGCUUGGAAUACUAGUUUUCUGGGGGGGUUUUCCAUUUGAAAGCAUUUCAGAUGACGUUUUAUCUGGAACCAUCCAUUUUACUCAACACAUACAGCGUUGGUUGCCUUCAUCCUUAAACAUUUUUAAGGAUUUUUAAAGAAACGAUUGAACAAAAUCAGCUGCUUUCAUUUCAUAACUGAAUAUGUUGGUUUUCUAUUACUCUACUGCGCCUAGUAAACUAUUUUCCAUGUAGUGAUCGAGCUGGGAUUUUUAUUUUUUUUUUACUCGGAUCCGUCUGCCUCCAUGCCCUUGUGUGCAUUUCUGACUUCAUCAUUCACGUUGGUUCUGGUUGUGCUUUUUGGCCUCUGCAGUAAAAACUACACCAGCAAACAAAACAACAAAGUAAGAGCCUCACUUCAGCUCGCUGUCCCAGUGCUUUGCCUGUGUACAUACAGUACAUGUGCGAAGGUCGUUUUCAAGCGUCAGAGCUAACCGAGGGGCGCUCGGUUUACGCCUUCAGUCGUCCAUAACAGUCUCAGGAGGAGAAACGCGCAGACGAGCUGAACCAAGCGUCCCCCUGUAUUUUUAUUAUUCCCACUAUUUAUAACGUAUGAACACUGUUUUUCCUGUGGUCUGUUUGUUYCGCCACAGGACCAGAGAUGUAAAGAGGAAGAGUUCUGCCUUUUAUCUUUUCUUUCUUUUUUGUUAUUUAAUGCCAAGGAGGGUUUAGUCCAAGUUUAACUACAAGCGUCAACAUUUUGGUGUCCGGGUCCGAACUCCUCUGCUGCACGUCUCUGGCCGUGCGGACAGACCACAGAGCAUGUGAAAACAGACACACUCAUGCUGCUCUCAUUCACUUGAAAUACUCAUGUCUUCUCAGUGUACCGUCACGUUUUUCUUUCUUUUCUUUUUUUUUUUUCAAACUCAAAGGUUUACGUAGUCAUCGUGCUGGACUCCAUUCAUAAAUCUGUACAGUUUUUCCAAGCUGCAUGCUCAUCUUCAACCCAAAAGAGGCUCGGUUUGUCCUCGAAAAGAGUUUGACGYGCAAACAAUUCAGUUCAGUCCGAUGUCUUCCUUUACAGAGGAAGUCGAAGCCGCAGGAAGUGUUUGAACUAAUCCCAACUAAAUCAGAAAAGCUGCUGAGAGUCUGAUUAGACGAUAAUUUGAUGUUUCAUUAAACGAUUUAGCACCCUCCAUGUUUUUUUUGUGCGCCUACUACAACCAUCUGGAAGUAGCAUAGCACUCGGGCUGAAAACCCAAAUCAUGACUUAGUUUCUUAGCGUUAAACAGAUUUUCGAUUUAAAAGGUCUCCAUUUUCCCCACUCGAUAAGUGCAGCUCGUGGUUUUUCUACUUUUUCUAAGUCUUAAAGUGUUUACACAUCUUUACUAGAGGUGCCAAUAAAAAAUACCGAGGGUGGGUGCUGUCUAAAUUUUCCCGAGYCUAGUUCAACACUUCCUGAAACACUUUAAACAUCACAGAGGACCCAGAAAUCUGUCCUGUAUGUMAUGAAUGAUGCAUCCAGUCUCUGAAGUUGUGCUGAAUGUGCUUAACUCGAUAAAUUGUAAAUACUUCUAUGUACAAACGAAGGAAUAAAGGAGAGUUCAGAGGAUCUUAAUGGGAUUGAGGUCCAGAUACACUGAACCACAGCUGGUUCAUUGCUCCAUGCACACUGUGAAGUUUAGAUUAAUUUAAUGACUAUAUAACAUAUGGGCAUUUUAUCUUAGAUAUCUGCACUGUAAUGUGCAGAAGUCCUUAAUUUUUUAGCUUAAUAUAUUAUCUCACAACAGUUUUUGCUUUUAAUUUUCCUCCUGAAGCUCCUAUUAAUAAUGGUUAAAGGACCAUUGCGAUGUUUGUAACGCGUYUUCAAACUGUUAUAUUUAUUAAUGUUUUAAGAUGUUGUUUACUUUAUUGUAUUUUUUUACUCUGUUAUUUAUUUAUUGUUUCAAAAGUUUACAGAACUGAAAUUAAUACGAUUGUUUAACUGAACUGAAAGUGGUCUGAAGUCAACAUGAAACUCAUAAUUGCAUAUCUGUCAUGCCCUUUUUGAAGUAAACRCAUUGCAGUUAUAAUAAUAUUUAUAUUUAUAUCACUUCUGUUGUAUGUUAUGGAACAAUAAAACACUGAUUGUGAGAAAUUAA